ACAUGUAGAAUUUUCCUUUUACUUUAAUGUAUUAAUUAUUUCAUAAAAAUGGCAGGACGUGGUUGCAACCUUGAGUGCGUUAAGGGAGAUGACGCUGGUAAAGACAUUAUUGAAUUCAUGGGUCCCGUCAAAAUUAUUUUGGUUGACCAGCCAAAAAAUUUGUAUAUGAGGAAGAGGUUUGCUGCUGCGGCCAUAGUAUUGGCACAUAUGAUGAUGGGAGCAACUAGUAUGACCGUUUUAUACUACACAUUGAGUUACCAAAAGGAUUCAGCUCUGUUCGCAUCGCAUAUUGUAUUAGGAACAGCUGGGUUGCAACUGUGCAUGCCUUCGGGUAUUCUGGCUCUGCAUAAACUGGCUGGUUCCACCGCCGUAUUGAGACUGCCUCACCGACCAUUCGAACACUUUUGGCUUCAAUGUUUUGCAAUUAUUUGCGGCGUUUUGUCGGCACUGGCAUCUUUUUUCUUCGGCGACUUUAAGAUAACGGUUCAUUCUGUAACAGGUGUAGCGGCAACUUCAAUAGCUAUUUUAAAUGCUAUAUUUGGGAUCAUAGUUUACGAUUACAGCGGCACAAGGAUAGAUCACACUGAAUUAGGUUCUGCGCGACAAUUUGUCUACAAAGCUCACAAAUUUUUAGGAAUGAUAUCAUUUACUGUAUCAUCUGCAUGUUUUAUUUCGGGAUUGUUAAAAGAAACAUUUGUGAAAUGGGCUCCAGUAGUUGAAAUACCUUAUAUCACUGUUAUAUUCUGUGUUUGUUAUACACUUGUUGUUUUGUAUAAGCCGUUAAGAGAACAUUAAU